CCGGGAGGGACGGAGGCAGGGAAGGCGGUUAGGCGUUGCGGGAGGGUUUCCUCUCAGCCCCGCCUCCUGGUCCGCGGGGAUGCCGGGAUGUUUACAGCCUUGACAGCGGCGGCACCAGAAGGAAAAAGAGGCCGGCUAGUUUUGUCGCCUCCUACGGAGCUCCUUUGCUCCUCGGCUGCGUCACCUGAAGAGGAAAACCGAAGUUAAGAGGGCGCGCGAACUCAAACUGAGGUCAUUGAAAAGUGUGAUUGGAAGCAAUGGAUGAGCAAUCCCAAGGAAUGACGGGUCCUCCUGUUCCUCAAUUUCAGUCACAGAAAGCCUUGCAACCUGACAUGGGCUACAAUACUUUAGCCAACUUCCGAAUAGAGAAGAAGAUUGGCCGUGGACAAUUCAGUGAAGUUUACAGAGCCUCAUGCUUGUUGGACGGAGUGCCAGUAGCCUUAAAAAAGGUGCAGAUAUUUGAUUUAAUGGAUGCCAAGGCCCGUGCUGACUGCAUCAAAGAAAUAGAUCUUCUGAAGCAAUUGAAUCAUCCAAAUGUAAUUAAAUACUAUGCCUCAUUUAUUGAAGACAAUGAAUUAAAUAUCGUGCUGGAAUUAGCAGAUGCUGGUGAUCUUUCUAGAAUGAUCAAGCAUUUUAAGAAACAGAAGCGACUGAUUCCUGAAAGGACCGUUUGGAAAUAUUUUGUUCAGCUGUGCAGCGCCUUAGAGCAUAUGCAUUCGCGGCGUGUCAUGCAUCGAGACAUUAAGCCUGCAAAUGUGUUCAUUACAGCUACAGGAGUAGUAAAACUUGGAGACCUUGGACUGGGAAGAUUUUUUAGCUCCAAAACCACAGCUGCGCAUUCUUUAGUGGGAACACCUUAUUACAUGUCUCCAGAGAGAAUCCAUGAAAAUGGAUACAACUUCAAAUCUGACAUCUGGUCUCUAGGAUGUCUUUUGUACGAGAUGGCUGCAUUGCAAAGUCCAUUCUAUGGUGACAAAAUGAACUUGUACUCUUUAUGUAAAAAGAUAGAACAAUGUGACUAUCCACCCCUUCCGUCAGAUCACUAUUCGGAAGAAUUGCGACAAUUAGUUAACAUGUGCAUUAACCCCGAUCCAGAAAAGCGACCAGAUGUAACCUACGUUUAUGAUGUAGCAAAACGUAUGCAUGCACUCACUGCAAGCAGCUAGAAGAUUCAUCGAGCUCCAAAGAGGAUAAACUAACCUUGAAAUUUCUACGUAUUAUUGCAGAAACUGUCUUCCACCUUGAGUUCCAUCUGUUGCCUAAACUUUAGUUUUUUGCAAUUAGCGCAUUUAAGUUUUGUUACAGAGGCGUUACUUUAAAACAUUUCUGUUUUUUUUAAAAAAGGGGAUGUUUUUAUAGUAUAAAAAAAGUUCUAAACUGAGCUUUCUGUUUUUUUUAAAAAGGGGAUGUUUGUACAGUAUGAAAAAGUUCUAAACUGACAAGCAGAAAACUGGCAAUCUCUAACUACUUGGGAAAUUUCACAAACAUUUUUCCAUGAAUUGCAAAAAUUGUAUAACUUCUUGCUGUUCAUUUCCACUUAUCUGAGUUGCCGUUUUGCUUGUUUACUAUAAGGUUAACUCUCGAAUCAGUGCCUCUGUUUUUAAUAAUUUAUAGACAUGAUGAAUCAGCACAAUGAGUAAAUUUAUUGUUCAUUAGUGGAUUUAUUGUUGCCUUUUCUCCUUUCCCCUGGAGGCAAUUAAUUAAUAGGAAUUUUUAAUGAGUUAUGUAGUUUACAGUUUUGUUUGUCAAGAUAAAUGUAGACAGAAACUGUUUUAUUGGCUGUUGAACUUUAACACGGCUGCUGAAUGUGAAAGGAUGCUUUUUUGGAAAAAUUGUCCAACACUGAAAAACAAUCCUGUUGAGUUGUUGUUUCUUUAUCUUUGCACAGCAUCCUAAUCUUCACCUUUAAAAAAAUUCAGAUAUUUGUAUUAUGCAGUGCCAUGUUGGAGGAUAAUGAUGCGAGUAUAUAGGAUUUAGGGCUCUCUGGAUCAUUCCCAGAAUCCCUAGUUUUCAGGGUUGAGUUCCAAAGUAUUAAACACUUCCAAAUUCUUCUUCUUCUUCUUCCUCCUCCUCCUCCUCAGAAGAAGGGGGGACAGAGAGACUAAGCUCACUCUAAAUUGUUGCACUGAAAUAAAUGGGCCCUAAAAGCAUUUAACUUAACUCAAUUACGCUAACCUAUUGCUACACUCCCAGUGCAUUCCUAAACAGUGUUAUUCCCUUCUAAAAUUUAACUCUGCAUAGGAUUGUACUUGUAUAUAUGGAUUAUUUGCAUCAGUCCUUAUGGCUCUGAUUGAGCACAUCUAAUUGAGAUUUGAGCCUUAAAUUUGUUUCCAAAGGUUUUUCUUGCCUUCUUCCUAUAUCUCUUUAAAAAAGAAAUAUCUUGGAAGAAUUUGAAUGCUACAUUGACAGUUUUAAAAGCUAGUUCACACUUAGAGGCUAAUUGAGAUUGCACACACAUGACAACUGUUCCAUGUGGAAAAUUAUUUAUGUGUCAGGGCACCUCAUGUAUGUCAGUGACCCAAAGAUGACUUUCUUACAAGAAUGUAUUGCAGAUACAUUGGGCUGAAAUUUGUAGUAAUAGGAAAUCUAUAUAGUUACCAAACCUUUAUAUGAAUAAUCUUUUAGAAUGAAGACAUCUCCUUUCAAAAUCACCUAUGUAUAUUUAUGUUCUAUGGACGUAACUUAGAAAACAUUAUUUUGUUUCCUGAAAAGAGUUAGCUUAAGUUUCAGGUUUAAAAAUAGGGAUCUAUUUUAUAUAGUAACCAUAAACAUUAGAACUAGAGUCAGACUAAUACUUUGCCUAUAUUCCAAUUUGAAAUUCAUAGGUGUCAUUCAUGAUUGAUUUUUAAAAAGAAAAAUUAGUAAAGUCAUUAUUUUGAAAUUACAACAUUCAGUUCAUCUAUAGCUCUAGUCUCACAACAUUUUGGGAGUACCUUGAAGUUUCAAAGUGAGCAUGAUAACUGCACCAUUUGCAAAGAGCAGCAGCAAUGUUUCUUUGUAAAUAAUAAUCACGGAUCUUUUAGUAAGUCACCAUGCAAUCAAUAUUGUUAUUUCUUUCUUUGGUUGCACUCAUCAUAAAAGCAUAUGUAAAAUAUAUAGAAACGCUCCUCCCAAUGCAACUGCUGAUGUUACCGGUUAAAAUUCACUUUCUGUGGCUGUGCACUUUAUCGAUUUUGGCAGUGGAGAUAGCCUCCGUAGUACUGCUUUUUUUUUAAAAAAUGUAGCACUACUUUAAAAAAAAUUAAGGCAGUGUUGCAGUGGCUACACAUGCAUCUUGCUUGUCCUCUUUGAUGUAAGAACUGGUAAGUAAACAUUUAGAAGGGAGUAUGAGACAUAUGCUUAGUAUCCAUAUCAUAAAAACUGUACUUGCAGUUGAUUCUGUCCUCUGUGAUCAGAACUGUGGCUCCCCUAGAUGAUAAAAUCAGAGUAGUAUUGUGCUAUGUUCACAAGUGUCCAUUCCCAGUCUAGCUAGGACAUGUUUAGCUAGCUAGAGACCAUGAGUUGGAACCAAGGCUUGUAUUCCAUUGUUGGAAGGCCACUUGCUUUAGCAACCAGGCGUGUUAGUGUUCCUAGAGGUCCCUGAACCAGGCAACAGUGUUGGGAUUGGGGUUGGGGUUGGGAUUGCAGCUAGAUGAGAAGGUGUAAGAGUGCCAUAAUAUAAGCAGAGGAAACUAAGUGUUUUGGAUCCUGUCCAGUAAGUUAUGGUUGACCAAUUAAGUCCCUGUUGUAUUACUUGACAACAGAAAUGACUAAACAGAAGCUUUUUCAUAACUAACGGAUUACCCAGGAGCUAUUCAACUGUUUCUGUGGUUUGAAUUUCAGUGAUGUCCAAGAUGCUCCAUUCCUGUGCGGCAGCUUAGUUUACUGCCAGCAACCAGAGCCAAUUGACUCAGCUUUUGACGUAUCAAAUAAAACACAGCCCCAUAGCAUGGAGGUAAGCUACAAGGUGCUUGACAAUUGCCCCCCCCCCCCUGCUUUUUCAGACCCAUUCGGGAAGCAAAAUUAAGUUUACUGACUCCCUAGUAACCUGCCCCACAUGGUUUAUGGGAUGUAUUUGCUUGAUCAUCACAAAAGUUGCUACUUGAACCAGAGCCUUUUUAUUGUUGGGUUUGUUUAUGCUCAUGCAUCUUUUAUAGCCAGGUGUGGGCAGUCUUGCACUACUGUUGUUCUGCAUCAGGGUUAUAGUUCUAGAAAAAGAAUUCAUUCAUAUGAGAUUAGUAUACUAACUGUAAUGGUGCCUUCUCCCAAGCACAAUUGUACCUUUAACGUCAACAUUCAGAAUUUGAGAGCAAUAUGAUAGUUUGCAUUUAAAUAUUAAUUGUAUUCCAUAAUAAACUGGGGGGGGGAGGGGGGGUUGUAUGAGUAGGGCCAAAGUUUUAUUUGCUGAAACACAGAAAAGGAUAGUAAUUGCAUUACCCUCAUUAGCAGGUAUUACUAUGCAAAGCUAUUCCAGGAAAUUUUCAAUAUCUAUUUUAGUUCCUUUUUAUAGCAUUUUCUAGGUUUUGGGGACAAGCUACUGAAACACAGUUUCAGCAUGCAAUAUUCUUAAAGUCCCAACUCCAUGCAUGGUUUAUUUAUCAGUAAGUAGUACUGAGUUCUUUGGGGCUUGGUCCCAAGUAAGUGUACAUAGGAUUGCAGGUUUAAUUAAUUAUAGUCCAGAUGUGCACGUUGCUAAAACUGCAUGCUUUUAAACAUCCACUUAAAACUUUUUUUUAAAAAAAAAUCCUUUGCAAAGGAAUGGAAAUAAUUAUGGCAUGCAUUCAGCUAACUCACCUGAAAAGCAUGACCGUUUUUAUAAAAAGAAUUUCUCCAGUGUUGAUAAUUUAGUUAUAUUGAAUGACAAUUAAUGUGACUUUACCAUCUAGCAAACAGAACAGUACAGAUAUUUCAGACCAAUGUCACUGAUAUCAGAAAGGUGCACUUGUGUUAGACAUAGAGGGUCAAUCCAGUCUUAAACAUUGGUUAGCUGCCAAGAGGUCAGUUGAGCAUGUUGUUCCCCACACAGUCCAGUCUUUUUUUUUUUUCAAAUUAUAGGAAAAGAUGGUCAAGCAAGGGUCUAAUUAGAAAGUUAGAAGCAAUAGUAUGGAAACUAUAGAAUAGCCACUCCCAACCCCCUCUAGUAUUGUUUGAAAGACAUAAUUACAUAUUCAAGGCUGUCAACAUGGUGAAUUCCACUGCUAGUAUUACUACCCCUUGGGGAGGAAUUCUGUUAAACAUUACUGGAGCAGAGCCUUUUAAUGAAUUGGAAAACAAAGUAAUUCUCAGUGCUGUUUCCCUUGUAUCGGGGCAAUAUUUGAUCUGCAUUUAUGCAUAGCCCUUCAUAGAGUUCUUACUCUGUCAAGUUGGAAGGAGAUGGUGUUAUGUUACCUUGCAUUUAGAAAGUCUGAUGAUAGCCAUGUGGAUCGAGUGAUGUACAGGCUUUAUGGAGCAGGACCAGCCUUCUUCCUCCUGCUGCUGCAGUCCCUAAGCCCCCCAAGAUUGGGAUCUGGGGACAGGGGAUCGGCAGACCCUCAUGAGCAGCACAGGGGCCAUAUGGGAGGUCACUAGAGGGAGGAGGAAUUAAUGGAAAUUGCUACCCCUCGGGUGGUUGGGCACAUACUAGUUCAGCGUAUGAUACAUACCUUUCCCAAUGAAUUCUUUUAUGAAAUGAAGUGAGAGUGUUAUUGUUCAGUUGGCCAUAUGAUCGUGCUGCAUGCUACCUAGCAAGUAACAAGAAAGAGAGAGGCUGAAAAAAGGAA